AUAUUUGAUGAAAAUCAAAAUUUUUUACUUGAAUUUUCAUAAAUUUAAAAGACCCAAUUUAUUUUGAAAAAUAUACUUAUUGAACUCUCUAGAAGACCGCGCCAUUUCUCAUUUCACAAUUUCAAAAGCCGGAACAGAUAUCAACAGCAGAAUUCUCCGACAAUGAGAGGCGCCGGACGCCGUCGUACUAACUCCGUAGUACCGGAACGGCGACAUCCACCGCCGACUCCGAUCAACGAUCCGCGGCAAUUUCUAUCCACCGGCGGCCGUGAUUCCGAUGCAAGCUUCGCCAGUAGCCGGCCUUCAUCUGCCGGUAUAAACUCCCGGUCCUCCGCUAUCCCUAUCUCCGAUCGAUCCUAUCAAAAUUCUGCUAUGCGUACAAUUAAUGCUUACCUUUCCUCUCACAAUCUUCCUACUCUUAAAGCACCUCUUCCUUCUGCUAGAGAUAUCACCGAAACCCUAAAAUUCAUCCUCUCGAGGUUUGGAUUUAGCACAGUAGAGUCGAAUAAACUCGAAGAUAAUUUACAAGUCCUACUGAAAUCCCUAAAUUGCCCUGUGAAAUUGAACAAAUCUGCAUUACGUGCCCCUGGGACACCUCAUUCGUGGCCUAGUUUACUUGCAGUAAUUCACUGGCUUGUUCAGUUGUGUAAAUUUGAUGAUCACCGGUUGAAUUCGGGUCAGCCACUUGCUCCGGAGAAUAAGGAAUUGAGCUAUACUAUAGAGAGCUAUUUGCAGUACUUUAGGGGGAAAGAUGAAGAAGUAGAUGAAUUGGAUCGUCAAUUUAUGAUCGAAUUGGAACAGCAUAAGGAGCAGUUGAUUGAGAAUGUGAAUGUUUUGGAGGGGAAUGUGAAGGCUCAAGAGGAGAAGUUGGAAGCAAUGAAGACAGGACCAUCAGAGAGAGAGGUGUUGGAGAAUGAGAAGAGCGCAUUGGAGGAGGACGUGAAGAAGUUUCAUGCUAUCAUUGAACAGUUAGAAGGGCAUAUAGUGACAUUGGAGAAGAUGGUGGAUGAGAAAGAGAAAGGGUUAGAGGCUAAGGUUGUGGAGAAGGAGAGCAUUUGUGCCGAAAACGAGGAGUUGAAGAAGAGGGUGGAGGAGCAAGGGAUUAAUUCCAGGGAUGCAGAUAGGAUGAAGAGGGAGUUGCAUGCUUUGGAAAGGGAUAUCGGGGAUAUUGAGAACCAAAGGAUUGAAUGGGAGGAGAAGGCUUGGGACCUCGACUCUGCGAUUGGGAGCAUGUUCAAGAAGCUCGAGGAGCUAAUGAUUGAAUGCAACCAAUCUAUCAGGAGGUUAAAGCUAGGAAAUGAAUUUCAGUAUCAAUUGAAUGCCCAAGGGUCCUCACCAGCGGAGGUAUUAGGUAUAGAUUACAAAAAGAAAUUAAAGCCCACUCUUGCAUCCUUUGAAGAUGAAAUGAAAAAGAGUUCAAUGGGGAAAAUGGAAGAGUUGAUCUCUCUCCAGCAACAGUCAGUUGAGAGGGCUACGAAAGUAGAGUCAAAGAAGAAUCGCCUGGCCGCUCUUCAGGCUCACAUUGAUAAUUUGGAAGCUCAGUUGGACUUGGUAAAGAAAGAAAGGCAGGACUUCACAUCCAGCUGUGCAACAGAAGCCAGAAGGAUAGUUGAGGAAGUUGAAACAGAGACUCGGAAGUUGGAUCAGGUUGAAAGAGAGGCGGCAGAGUUUCUGAAGGCGUCAAAGGCCAAAUUGCAGGAAACAAUUGCCCAAACUGAGGAAGAGGUGCAGCUGUGUGCCCGUGAACUCUUUGCUGUUGUUGAUUCAGUUUCAAAAUAUAAAGAGUAUAUUACGUCAAAAGUUGCCAUAAUGAAGAAUGAUCUUGCAGAAACUGUCGGGACUAUAGCAGAUAUGCACAAAGCUGGUUUGCCUGGCUCUGAUGCAAACCAUUGACAAGCCUCCUACUUCCGUUUAUCUUAUGCUUGUUUGUUUUUACUAAAAUAUGUUUAGGUAGCAUAAAUAGUUCCAUCACAUUCAAGAUCUACAAGUAUGUAUCCUUCGGUAUGGUCUUAAACAGUGUGGAGCAAUUUAUCAGACUGUUGCUGAUAAUUUCAUCCUUAACCUGUGGCUCUAUUUAAAAAUUUUAAAUUCUCGAUCGAUCAUGCUGCUACAUGAGUUCCUUUGUCAGAGAGUUAGAUGGUGGAGCGAAUUUUACCGGCAAUGUGAUAGAUCCGGGCACAGUUCCAAUAAAACCAUGAUAUUCAUGCACUCGUACUAAUUAAUACCUUCAGAGAA